AUGUCUCCAAUUAAAACAACGAUAUCCUUUUUCACUAAUUUAUUUUUUACUUGUAUAUUAUUAUUGGUCAUGCUCAAUUUAUCAGACACUACACCAAUUCUAAAACAAGUAGCAAAUUCGGAUAACCUUUGUGAUAUUAUCGACAUAUUAUGUGUUAAAAAUGAAUUUAACAAAAUUCAAAAUAUUUCCAUGGAAAUAAAUCAAAUAGCAAGAACAAUUGAAAAUUAUGUGUUCAAUCAUACGAGAACAAGUGGAACACUUUCACGGCUUAUCAAUGCCGAAGAAUUUUAUCUGAUUGAACAAAAUCAAAUACCAAAAGCUAAAUGGCAUGCGAAUUUUUUUAAAUUAAAUAAUAUAAAAAAAGACUUUCUUAUUCAUAUGAGCACUGAUGUUCAUAAUACAAUGCUACUAUUUUAUAAUACUAUUGAUACAUUAUUAAAGUUCGAUGAUACAACUGGAUAUUAUCCAGUAAAUAAAUUAUUUCAAGAAAUUCAGAAACAUUUAAAAAAUGAUAUUAUAUGUAAAAUUCGAAAUAUUCUGCAUGCAUAUUCAGCUGAUUGGACACCAAAUAAACAUAAAGAAAUAUAUUUUUUUCAAAAUCCAUUAGAUCGUUCACCAUCAACACGACAUAGUGUAAAGAGUGUUCUUUUAUCAAGACUACUAAAGGAAUGGAGCAAUAAAUUAUCAAGUGUUAUUACCAAUAUUCAUAACAAAUUUAUUUAA